CCCAGCAGAUGGUGACGGAGAGGGGAGCGGGGGAGUAGGCGAGCGGAGCAUGGCCCGGGGCUUGGCGAUGGCCUGGGCGGUGCUUGGGCCGCUGUUGUGGGGCUGCGCGCUGGCGCUGCAGGGCGGGAUGCUGUACCCCCGGGAGAGCCAGUCGCGGGAGCGCGAAGUGAGCUGACGGCCUUUGAGCUUCCGCGCCGACUUCUCCGACAACUGACGCCGGGGCUUUGAGGAGCAGUGGUACCUGCGGCCGCUGCGGGAGUCAGGCCCCACCCUGGACAUGCCGGUUCCCUCCAGCUUCAAUGACAUCAGCCAGGACUGGCGUCUGCGGCAUUUUGUAGGCUGGGUGUGGUAUGAACGGGAGUGUGAUCCUGCCGAGCGAUGGACUAGGACCUGGAGCACAAGAGUGGUGCUGAGGAUUGGGCAGUGCCCACGCCUCAUGCCAGCCCGGCCGGGGUGCGGCCAGGAGCAGGCAGGGCGGGUGGGCUUGCACACGACACCCACCGCCUACAUCGAUGACAUCACUGUCACCACCGGCGUGGAGCACGACACUGGUGAGGGCUUCUGCAGGAUCCUCUCAGCGGCUCCAGGGCUGGUAAUUUGGCCAGAUCUCUGUCAAGGCAGUAACCUGUUCGAGUUGGAAGUGCGUCUUCUGGAUGCAGAAAACAAACUCGUUAACGGGACAGGCACCCACUGUGCUGAAGGUGCCGGUGCCAGGCCUGGGUGGCCAUACCUGAUGCACGAACGCCCGCCUCUAUCUGUACUCGUUGAGGUGCGGCUGACUGGCAUUCAGAUGUCACCGGGCCUGUGUCUGACUUCUCACACACUCCCCUGUGGGAUCCGCCACUGUGGCUGUCACCGAAAGCCAGUUCUCAUCAAUGGGAAACUCUUCUAUUUCCACGGAGUCAACAAGCAUGAGGAUGGACUGCAUCCGAGGAAGGGUCUUCACUGGCCGCUGCUGGUGAAGGAUCUCAACCUGCUUCGCUGGCUUUCUGGUGCCAACGCCUUCCGCACCAGCCACUACCCCUACGCCGAGGAAGUGCUGCAGAUGUGUGACCGCUAUGGGAUUGUGGUCAUCGAUGAGUGUCCUGGCGUGGGCCUGGCACCUGCCGUGAGUCCUUCUUCUUCGAACAACGUGUCCCUGCAGAACCACAUGCGGGUGAUGGAGGAAGUGAAGGGCAGGGACAAGAACCACCCCGCCGCCGUGAUGUGGUUCAGCCAAACGAGCCCAAGGCCCCACCUAGAAUCUGCCGGCUACUACUAUGAGAUGGUGAUCACUCACACCAAAGCCUUGGACCCCUCCCGGCCUGUGACCUUUGUGACCAACUCCAACUAUGCAGCAGAUGGUGGUGAGCCUAGAUUCCCGUGGAUCUGUUUGAACAGCUACUACUCUUGGUAUCAAGCCGACUAUGGGCACCUGGAGUUGAUUCAGCGGCAGCUUACCACCCAGUUUGAGAACUGGUAUAAGACGUAUCAGAAGCCCAUUAUUCAGGCUGUGCAUGGAGCGGAAACGAUUGUUGGGUUUCACCAGAGUACUCAGAAGAGUCUGCUAGAGCAGUACCAUGUGGUUCUGGAUCAAAAACGCAGAAAGUACGUGGUUGGAGCUCAUCUGAAUUUUGCCGAUUUCAUGACUGAACAGUGUAAGUGGCAGUUUGGCUCCUGGGAUAAGAGAAACUGCUGUUCAACACCCCCACCAAGUUCAGAGCAGCUGGUUCCAGAGGGCAUCUGCAGAAAUAGCCCCAUGGUCCUAGGGCCGCCGUGA